AUGCACAUCGUCGGACCCGCAGUGACAAAUGAUAGUCAAGUAUUAUCAGAUUACCUCGCAGGUAUACCCGGUGGUACAAGGAGCACGAGGAUGGUCAUUCCAGAGUCAGCUAGUCGAUCUCAGCCCGUGCUGUUUACAAUGGUCCAAAAGCGCCCGGUAGGGUUGGUUAUGAAUAAAAGCCCAUCAGAGGAGAAGUUGCUUAUUAUAGAAAAGAUAUUGGAGCCUUUUAUUGAGGAUAUUAUCAACGAGUACGUAAUGCCCUUCUCUGCCCCAGACCUAGUUCAAAUCCACAUGCAAACAUCAAUCAGGUACUUCAUCAAGGCCAAUGGGUGUCUGCCCUUAUUAGACGAACAGUCAUUCCGAGACCAGUUUUACAAAGACAAAAGCCGAAUUUCACCAGCGCUGUUGUCAUGUUUGUAUGCCCACACCUUAGUGUAUUGGCGAUAUUCGCCAAACCUCAGCCGCCAUAAAUGUCCUGAUAGCCGAUUUAUUUGGAACCUUGCCAACGAAGCAGCAUAUUCCGAACUCUAUCUAUCGCCUGGAAUGUCUAUUAUUGGAGCCAUUCUGCUCAAUAUAGGCGGGCGGCCAACGACGUCCAUCAUCGGAAACGGAGUGCUCCUCGGGUCGGCAGUAUCCAUGGCGCAUUCUCUUGGACUCAACCAGAAUCCACUACCGUGGAAGAUACCCCAGUCUGAGAAAUAUCUGAGAAUGAAACUGUGGUGGUCACUGUUGCUCCAUGAUAGGUGGCUGAGCUUGGCCCAUGGUACACCACCACACAUUUUGAGGGCGCAAUAUGACGUCCCACUUCCGACACUUGAGCAUCUUUGCCAGGAUAACUCCAGCGAGGAAAAAGUGCGAACGGCUUCUAUAUUCAUAGCACUAGUACGACUAACGGACGUCCUGGGCCAACAUCUGCAGCAUGUGUAUGCCAUCGGCCAGAAUAAGCCGUCAAACAUAGCCAACCUCGAGCUUGCUUUGAAUAACUGGGUCGAGUCGUUGACCAGAAGUUGCCGUCUUAUAGUCAUUCGGGGAUCUAGACUAGAAGUCCCGGGAGCUGCUAAUCUCCGUCUGGCUUAUCUUACAACGAGACUCCUCUUACAGCGGAUGGAACUAGAAACAGACAAGCGCAUGUCCGUCUAUCACGAGGAAAGAAUUACAAACCGCUACAUGCAAGCUCGGCACACUGCGGAAGAAAUACUUCUUCUACUACAGGAACUGCAAAUCGAGCAACUCGGGGGCUUCUGGUUACCAGUUGCAGCAUUUGCCUUUCCCGCAACAGUCAGCUUCCUCUUACGUUGCGCAUUAGAAACAGAAAGUUCUCUCGCAAGUCUAGCACAGAGUAAUUCCUUUCGAAUUGCACGAGACCUGGUAACUACCCUCCGCAGCUUACAGAAGCGAUAUGAGUGGGAUCUGGCAGAUAUCUGCCUAGCACAACAUUCAGAGAUUGUGGAUAGAAUAUUGGCAGAUGUGGCUACUUUUGAAGGAGGUGGCAACACUAUGGAUGGUCAGGAAUUCGUCAUGCCCGAUGCAUCCAUUCUGGACCAGUAUUUCCCAAGCCUUUGGGAUCCUCUACAGAAUUCAUGGUGA